GUGGUUGUGGUCUUGUCUGCUUUGCUGCUGUAACUGUAAAAUCGAAUCUCAAACAAGUUUAGUGUCUAGUGUCACCGUGUUGUCUUUUGGAGUCUCGUCUUUAAAAUGGAACAUAAGGGUUUAAUAACAUUUAGUUUAUACCAGUUAAGUGCAGUGAUGUGAUUCUAAUGACUGAAAUGGAUAGAUGGUUAGUUUCAUAGACGAAAUCUAUAGGAAUGGCGGAGGAGGUCAGGUCACCAAGACAGGAUGCCAGGGGGGUGCGGUGGCCGAGGGGUCCGCGCAGUCUUCUUCUUCGCCGCUGUGACCAUGGGGGGUUCGGGUUUACCCUGCGUCACUUCAUCGUCUACCCACCAGACUCCUAUACGGUGCUGGCAGGGGACCGACGACUGGGGCUGCGCGCAGGGGCACUCGACGAGCCGAUGGACACCAUCUUUGUGAAACAAGUCCACGGAGGGUCUCCAGCGGAUAGAGCGGGACUGCGCACAGGCGACCGUGUGGUCAGUGUCAACGGAGAGACUGUCAGCGGGCUGAGUUACGCUGCGGUUGUACACAGGAUAGCCAACAGCGGCACAACAUUGCACCUGCUGGUGGUUCCGCAGCAAGACGAUAUAUUGCAACUGUAUUUCAACGACACGGCACACCGCCCCGAGAGUAACCUGGACUUGGAGUGUGGUGGAGGGAUGGUGCGCGGAGGUGCGGCUGUGGGUACUCGCAGUGCACCGUGGGAGGUGUCGGGGACACGGCGGACCAGCGACACGUACAGCGUUACCCCAGCCGACAGCAAUGAGAGUAUACAGGGCGGUGGGUACGGUUACCCGACCAACGUGGCGGGCUGUCGGCUCAGCCUGGACGCUGGUCUGAUGAGCCGGAGAGAUUCAGUGAGCCAGGAUGGCAGUGUCGGAGAGCACAGCCACAGCAGUGAUGACUCUGUCAUCAUCUCGAGGAUACGAAGGAGCUGCGAGCAGAAGGAGGAGUUCUUGCGGAGACCUGCUGCCCCACUCUGGCCCCACAACGGGGGCCCCGCCGGGGCACCCCCACCUGGCAUCAAGGAGUUCUACGCCAGGCCCCAGAAGCUGCAGCCCCCGCCACACUGGCCCCCCGCCCUACCCCAGAGCCCCCACCAUUCCCCCAGCCGACACGAGAGGGAAGACACAACGCUGCGGGAUGGUCACCCUAGAGGGUUCGUGUGUGGCGGACCCGUCACCAACGCUCCCGGGGACCGCCGGCAGCGACCUGGUUUUGUCAACACCUUGGGCAGGAUACAAGAGACUUCACCUCCCAUCAAUCUACCCCCACCUCAUCUGCAGGUGGUAUCACAGCGUGCCAGACAGUUCGAGAGCGGCAACAUGCCGGACCGGACGAGUCUGUACCGGUCGGAGCUGGCACGACUGAGCAACAAGCACAUGGUGCCGGAGGUGGUAGUCCGUGCACGCGAGUACGAGACCAAACACGAACGUCACAGGGAAAGCCGGUCCUUGGACAGUGCUGCUGCUAUUGUGGGUCGAAUUUUGAGAAGGGAAUCAAAAAAAGAAGAAAAAAAACAACAGAAGGAACAAAAGCCGGAGAAGAAAGAUGCUAGUACUUUUGUUAGCAACUUACCCCCUAUGAGUGGGCUCUCUGGCAAUCGGCUGAUCCCCAUUGGUGGACGCAGACUGCACUGUGAACCCCCCAUGGAGACGCAGCCUUCGUUAUAUGUUGUGGCGCAAACUGUUUCUGUCUCAGGCAACUUACCCCCUAUGAGUGGGCUCUCUGGCAAUCGGCUGAUCCCCAUUGGUGGACGCAGACUGCACUGUGAACCCCCCAUGGAGACGCAGCCUUCGUCAUAUGAUGAUGGUGUGAGGCCGAGGAGCAACUCCGCGGAGUCCUGGUCCGAGGACCUGUGGCCUCAGAGACACAAGGCGAUGAGGCAGGACUCGUACCUGGCAGCAUGUCACAAGCCCAGCCUCCCUGCAGCUGAAGCACCUAAAUUGGGAAAAAGAGAGGAGACAGCCACUAGUGAGGGGCAAAAUGGACCCGGAUCCCCCCACUCCCCCAUCCCUGAAAUCCGAAUAGAACCGGUUCGGGCUGAGUCAGUGGUGACCUGUAGGCCGGCCCGCCCCACCACCCUGGACCUGUCCUGUCCCCUCCCCCGCCCCUCCUCGCUUGACCUCCCCCGCCCCAGAGACAGUGACAUCACCAGAGACCCAGAUGGGUCAGGUACGGAAGAUGACUCGAACAGCACACCUCUCGGCUCUCCCAGCGUUACGUGGCGCGACAAGUCUCUCAACGAUACAGGAUCGGAGGAGGACCGUGCCACCCGCAGAGUGUCAUACCUGAAGGCGACGUGGCCCGACAGGAUGGACAGUGACCCUGACCUCAGCGACACGGAGCCCUUGCCACUGCCACCAGUCAGACCUCCUCGCAAGUGGCGGCCGCCCUUGUUCCCUGACGACAUUCAGAAGAUUCGGAGAUUUUUCGAAGACACUCCCGAUAAACGGAAAGGGCCCUCUUGCUGUGAUGUAGGACAAUACGGAGUACCGCAGGGGUCGUUUAUUGGUCCAGUGCUGUUGCCGCCACCGACUUUUAUAGUGUUAGUGUGGUUUUGUGGCACGAUGUGGUUGUCCGUGCUGCGUAAGCUGGCGAACUGCCUGUGCCCCUUCUCGUUCACCUUCUAUCCCCAGAAGCCUCCGGAACAUUCGGACCUCAUUGCACAGGAGGUGGCGGUCGGCCUGUCCACCCCGAGGAUAAGUGUGGGAGGACCGAGGCACAGUCUCUGCGAUGAUCUAUCACUGCCUGACAAGGAAAACCAACAAAUCUGCCACGAGGGCUCCCUGAACUGCAAGCUGACUCUGGUCGAUGGCAAGAGAGCUACUGACAGAUCGUGGAAGCAAGUAUGGGCUGUGCUCCGAGGCCCAGUGUUAUGUUUGUACAAAGAGAGAAGGGACUCACUUCCACUGCCUGAGAUCCUUCUGCCCUCUAUGGUGCGAACAGUGGCCAGAUCCAUACCAGAACACGUAAACAGAAGAUCGAAGAUGUUGUGGCGCAACCGCGGCCCCGGCUCCGCCGGCGGUUUCGCCACAAACGCUGCUUCCACCGGCACAAGCGGAUUGUGUGAUAUGUUGUCCGGUGCGGUAAGUGAAAAUGAUCUGGCCAAUGUGUACGCGGCUCGCCGUCCGCGCAACUCCUGUCUACCGAUGUUCUUCCACUAUCGUCGCCCUCGACUGCGUCGUUGGGGUAGUUACGGCUCCUGGACACCUGUGGGAGCGGAGGGAGAGCAGGUGGAUGUCCGCUGUGCCCUGGUGGGUCCUGCAGAGAACUACACCAAACGGAAACACGUGCUGCGGGUCAACACAUUAGCAGGAUCCGAACUGCUGCUACAAGCCGCCGAUGCAGGACAGAUGGCUCGGUGGAUCGAGGCUCUAGAAGAGCAGGCCAACAAUAACAACAGUCAGAAUCUGAGUGGUACCAGUCUAUCUCCGGCCUCUGCGCAGAAAGGUCUGCGUAAACUGACGAGUCUGCGGAACAGAUCACCCACUGGCCAGUCGCCUGUGAAUAAAACUCGCAAGCCCAGUCAGCAAGUGGUGGAGGGUGUGCCGUCACCCAAAAGCAAGACAUGGAAGGGUCGAGUGGCCAAACAGCUCAGGAGGAUACAGCAUAGCGGCUCUCCUGUCUCUCCUACAGCCACCACCCCCCAUCCUGAGGGGGCCACCAUCGGUGUACCAUUAGAGGAGUGCCCACCGUCUGCAAUCAACGAGUUUGUGCCUCUGUUAGUGGAGAUGUGCACCGGCAUCGUAGAAGCAAGAGGCCUGGAGAUCAUUGGCAUUUACAGGGUACCAGGUAACACAGCUGCCGUGUCGUCACUGACCGAGGCAGUCAACCGAGGCCUGGAACCUGGGAUACUGGCUCAGGAUCAGCGUUGGACCGACGUUAACGUAAUCUCGUCGCUGCUUAAGAGCUUCUUCCGGCGACUACCCGACUGUCUGCUCACCACCGAGCUCUACCCGAGCUUCAUCCGAGCAGACAAGAUAGCAGACCCCCACCUGCGCAUGGCCACCAUACGCAGACUGGUGCAUGAUCUGCCCGACCACCACUACGAGACACUCAAGUACCUGUUGCUGCAUCUCAAGAAGGUGGUGGAACACGCAGCCACCAACAAGAUGGAGGCUCGGAACCUAGCCAUCGUGUUCGGCCCCACCCUGGUGAGAGCGGCGGACGACAACAUGGUCACCAUGGUAACGGACAUGAGCCAUCAGUGUCGCAUCGUCGAGACCCUCAUACUGCACGUGGACUGGUGCUUUGGUGAUGAGACCGUCGAGAGGUUGACACUGGAGGGUGUGGAGGGGGGAGGGGUGGAGCCUGACCCAGCAGUGGCCAAUCACAAUCUCCUGCUCGGCAACAUACACAAAGUGGAGGGCAUGGGGAGGGAACUGUCGGCACGAGACAUUGUGUCCUCCAUCAUUUGUGCAGCUAACCGCAAGAUGAUGAAGAGCAAGACGAGGAAGACGCACGCAGAAGACAACACGGACCACUCUGCCGAGAGCAAACAGAGACUGGAAACGAAGAGCAAGCAACAGCACCGCAAGGAGAGGCUAGCCUCAACGGAGGAUGCGAGUAGUACAGAGGCCGGCCACCCCGGUGGUCUGCCUGCCGCGAGUCUGCCUGCGGCCCCUCAGCCUACCAGCCUACCCGACAACGUGGCUGCAAGCGAGGAGCAGGCGGUGCGGCCGCAGUUGGAUGACGGAACGAUACGCACUUACGCAGGACUGUCUGCUACUACGCAAGAAAGGAUACGACGAUUUGAACUGGAGACGAAAGCUAUGCUGCACAGAGAUUCGGCAAGGAUACGACGUCUAGAGCCAGACUCUGAGAGAGAGCAAAGCAAGCGAGAGCUGGAGAUGGAUGACCACACCAACCCAUCAGCUAUCGUGAAGAAGAUAGCAGAGUCGGGUCGACCGGUGAAACCUCUGGCGAUAGUCCCCCCCUCUACUGGGCGGGGCCGGCACAAGGAGGAAGGAGGGGCAGGGGCACUACGGCGGGGCUCGUCGGCGGAGAACGUCAACCUACCGACAGAGAAACAAGCCAACGGGAACCUCAAGCGGUUCAAGUCUGGAAAGGAGCAGGGGGAGCCAGGUCUUGGACGUUGUGGCUCUCUGGACUCCCUCCAUGACCUGACACCGUCAGAGCGACCGCCCAGCCAUGUCUCUGACGAAGGUGGUGAUCUACUAGUCAGCCUCACCUCAACAUUCGACGCCAAGCUGCGCUCACUCCUGUCCACGGGGGCCACCGAGCGCACUCCUUCCCCCGCCCCCUCUCAUCACCUCUUCUCUGACCCUAGCCUCCACAAAGCUUCUGACAAGGAGGGAAAAGAAGAGGAAUCGAAAGAGGAGUGUUGCGAUGAAAAGGAUAAGUCCAACUCCACCAACUUGUUAACACAAACUGCUGAGGCCCUGAAGGAUAUGGACGGCGAGACGAAAACGGUGCGGCUAAACCGAUCCGAGUCUAUGAACCGGGAUGAGCGAACGGUCUUUCGAUCCGAGUCACUCAAGAGCGACUCAGGUAAACUGCGCCGCUCAGAGUCGCUCAACAAGGAGAAACUGAAACGAAGUGACUCGUUGACAAAAAACGAAAAGACGGAAUCGAACUUGAACAAGCGGCGCCAACUGGAGGCGGGGAGGUGGCUGAAGAGGAAGACCGGCUCUGCGGUGGACCGGAGCAUCAAACGAAGACACACGGUGGGUGGCACUAAGGACUUUGAUAAAACCAACUGGCUAGACAACAGGCAGCGGGAGGCGGAGGAAGAGGGGAAGAAAGAGCGGCGGACCAGCUCCCCCGACCUGAGCUCCUCGCGGCUUGCGGCGAUUGUCAUCCUGAGACCUCACAGCUUUGCGGAGCCAGAACGACUCUGCGGCGUACCCCUCGAGUCCCAUGUGUAACGUAGCACAGCGAAUACCACACGUAUUUUUUUGUAAGAAGAGUAAACCCAUAGGGUUGUUCACAAAUUUCCUUCUUCGGAAGAAGAAAUAAAGCAAAUACGGUACAUAGUAUUUAGUACGAUUUUUUUACCUGAGAUAAUUAUUUUGUUGAAAUUUACCACAUAGAACUUAGCAUAAAAAAGAACUUUGUUGUGCAAUUUAGUACAAAAUGCAAGAUCAUAACGUACCAUAGUCGUUACCAAUUAUUUAGUUGUUUCAACUCUCCUCCUUUCCAUCAUUUGUAGAAAACCUUAAAAUCUGAGAUAGUUGGUCUUGUUGAAAACAUUGUUAUGCUACUGUGAUAUUGAAGCAUUUAAAAUUUGCAUUUAAAAAAGCAUCUUUAUUCUCAUCAGCAUAUCGAAACAUUUCUUUAUUUAUAAAUCGGAAUAAAAUGUCUUCAAAGCAUAAAUACAGCAUUUAAACAAUUUCAGUGAAGAGUUGAAGCAAUGUUAAAUAGCAUACUUACUAUGAGUAACCAAUUGAUGAGCUUAAAGAUAUCGUGUUAGCAUUAUUUAGAGUGCAGUGAUCUCAUGCUACAACCAGAAUACGGGCAGUAAAAGGUAGAUAAACUUUUAUUUAUAAGUAGCAGAGUUUCAAUACUUCAAUUAUUUUCCUCCUUCCUUUCAUUCAUAUCAACUUUUUAAACUUGAAGUACAACUGUGAAAAAAUUGUAUUUAUCUAAAACAAAUAUAAUCUCUGUGUACCAAAGCAUCCGAUGUAGGAUGUGAAUAAUAAUUUUGAACGUAUUAAAUAAAGAUAUAUUUUUUACCCAAAAUCGACUAUUAGUGUUUUAAAAAGAUUAUUUAAUUAAUUUUUUAUAACUAAUGGUAAUUUAAUUCAAUAUUAUUACUUCAAUGAUUAACAAUAUUUUAACCCUUUGAGGCCAAAGCGUAAAAAAAGGUUACUAACUAUUUUCAACACCAUUUUAUUUUAUAGAUUGCACUCAAAUGUAAAUAAAAAUGGUAGUUUUGCUGUCUUCGGAAAACAAUUUUAGAAUUUACUUAUUUUUCCACCAAAAUAUUUCUGCCUUGCUAUAAAAAAAUUUUUAAUGAAUGUAUAUGAUUUUAACAAGAAUCACUUUUUUGAUAGUUUCUUAUUUUAUUCCCUAUAAGCUGCAGAAACAGAACAAUAUUUUAAUAAUGAUAAAAGGCAUUUCAGUUAAAAAUUUGAACCCGCAUUUUUUGACCGUUGUUUCAAGCAAGCUAUAUCAGAGCAGGUAUAUCUAGAGAAGCUUAGAGGAGAUUUUGGGUUGACCCACAAAUAAGGAUGACAACACAAUUUUAGUGAGACCAAAAUCAAGCUGGAUCUUUGUGUACACAGAAACAAGAUGUAUUGUGUUUUCAGUAAGCCUUUGAUACAAUCAUAUGUUUGAUGAUAAGUUACCUUUUAUUGUCCACCACAUAUCGUGAAGUCACAAUGUUCAGUAACACUAUCGUAUCGAACAGACAUAUCGACAUGAUCUCUCACCUAGCCUGGAAACUUAACAAAACGGAGGCAAACUAGUUGCCGACAAUUGUACGGUCGGCCACUGCAACUCUAACUUAAGAAUUUUAUACUUAGUGUAAGUUCGCAUUUUUAGACAAUUUUUCGUGUUAGUUGUAAUUUUAGCAGCAAUAGCAAAAUACUUAAGAGAAAGACAGUUCUAAAAUGCAUCAAGAAACAUCGCAUAACUUGUAGACAGUAAAUACUUACUUCUGCUUACAUCUUAGAAGGCUUGUAGGAUGGAAAGCUCAAUAUGGUCAACGUUUCCUUCAUCAUUACUGCUCAAAAAAGAUAGAGCCGUCCGCAUUUCCCCGUUAUUUGUCAACCAUCCUUUGUUAAAGGUGAAAUUCCAACCCCCUCUUCUUCCUCCUCUUCUCCUUCUUCGGGUAUCUGCCGAUCUGGUUAAUCUCGUAAAUCUGUAUCCCUUGACUUUGAAUUUCGUUUUUUAUCCUUUUAAUUGCUUUAUUUUCUCCGUCUCUAUUGUACAAAAAGUGUCCUGCAUUUCUCCCCCACCAAGAUCCUCCAAUGCAAGACGGGCCUCAAGAAGAAGAUUCCUUGCCAAUGAUUUGAAGAAGCUACCAGAUUCUCGCUUAAACUCCAUAAAGUGAUGUGUUUUAUUUUUCGGUUGGUGAAGUUUUCUUUCACGGCGUUGGAUGAAAAAAAAAUACACUUUUCAAUCGUAAGACGUACCGGAUAGAGGUUCUCUGCUGUAGGAAUCAACCUUUCCGAAGACCGCAAAUUUUAAAUGGUCAUUACUGUUUCUGCAUUAAGGAUACAGUAUAGACAAUUAUGGUGGUACACCUGACUGUCCUCUUGUAUGCCCAAUCCUGUCCUCGAUUAUCAGAUCAUAUACAGAAUACAUCUUUGUCUUUCGAUUCUUUUUCUGUACUUGCAAUCGUGUUCUUGUUUUUCUUAAUCUAUCCCCUUGAAUACAGACAAAGUCUUGUCUUGCAGUUGUUCAGGUUAUACUUAACGUGACCCAGGUUCAGCAACUUCUGGAGCACCAUGGUGCUAUGUCCACAAGACAAAUCACGGCUUUGCCGGCAAAUCUUUAUUGUUGUUUUCUUUGAUUUUUCUGUAACUAAUAAUUUUGUUAAUGAUGCCAAGUGGGCUUUCAGCCUAUUAGAAUCACAUGCUGUAAAUAUAUAUCACUUUGUAAAGAGGCUAUAUUUAUAUAAAGGGUGGGAUUCUUUAUGUACAUACGUUAUAACUUUGUUGUUAGCAGCUCGUAAAUGGUAGCAGCUCAUCACGGUGAUUGUAGAUAAAUAUCUGGCAAAUUUUCUAGAAUCUUAGCUUUUUAGUGAUAGUGAACAAUUAAUUAAUACAUGUUCCUUACGUUUGGUUGUAUUUUCUUGCCGAAAGAUUAUUAUUAAUUCUCUCAGUUUUUUAUAAUCUAUUAGUUGUUGAGUAAUUCUUAUAUUUAUGUUUUGUCACUAUCGGAAUCCAGUAAAAUUAUUUUGGCAGCAAUAUGUUAAAACCGUGUUGAUAUUCUUUUAUUAGUGCAAAUACGGUUAUAAAGUAUAGUGCAAUAAGCAGUUUAGUUACUUUCUUGUUUUAUUAGAAAAAUGUUUUACAUUGAUCUAUUAUAUUUAUAUUAAGAUUUUAUAAGGAAUAAAGUUACGGGAAAUUGUUUUAAUAGAUAUAGAUGUCAAAGCCGAUUUAAAACAAAAGUCUGUAAGUAGCCGUCACAUUUUGAGUAGACUAGAGUUGCUCUAUUACCAGAUUUAUGGAAGAGAGAAUUUUGCAUUAUAUUAUACGAAAAUCGUAUAUCUUUAAAGAACGUUUUAUAUAAAAGAUAUUGCAUUUCAUCUUUGUUGUACAAGCAUAGCUUGAUAUUGUAAGGACAUUUUUAAUACGAAACAAGAGGUAAUGUACUUUUUUAAAGGAUACAUCGAUCAAGUUCAUGUGCUAUUUGUGAUUUUAGGUUUAGGCCAAAGAGUGUAAAAUCGUGGUGUAAGAUUUAAAAUUAGUUUUAUAAAUAGUUGAUUUGAAGAGUGAUUUAAUUUGAGCAAUUGUGAUGUUUUUGAGCAAAGUGGUUUAUUUUAAAAGUUGUUGUUGUUGUUGGUUGUUUUCAGUUGUCACAGUCUAUCUCUAUAUAUUUGUUCAUUGUGAUUAUUUAUUUAGCCACUUUAUUGUACAUUCUCUCUUAAGAUUAUCAGAUAUAAGAUAAUUAUUGUACUUGUGUAUAAAUGGGACGUGAUAUGUAUGAUUGUACAAAAUGUGUCUGUGUAAAUAAUAAAAUUAUCACCGUC